UAUGCCACAGUACAGUGCAUCACUUCCAUGUAUUUCCAUCCUUUUAGCUUUGUGCUAUGUUUAUAUAUCAUGUCACUUUAUAACCUAGCUUAUUUUGCACAAAAAAAAAGCAUACAGUCACUGAUAUUCUUUGGUAUGCCACAGCCAUGUGGCUACGCUUGAUUUCUGCUGCAGGUUUUUUUUUUUUUUAGUUCCACAUUUUGUCACCACAAGUAGCAGGAAUAACGGUUGCUUCUGUGUCAAACUGAGAAAGAAAGAGAGAGAGAGAGAGAGCAAGGUCUUUGAUAACAGCGUACAGUGUCACAUUUUGCUGCUAAAGCAGAUCUCAGCGACAUUAAAAGUCAUCAUAAAGGACAAGUCUCAAUAACACCAAAAAGAAGAUGGCAGCAGCUGAAGGUGCUCCGGCAGUUCAGUGGCCUGCCAAGCGGACACGCAGGAGAAGCCUUUUAGAACCGCCUACUAUGAGUACAUCGUUGAGGAUUAUCAUAUUUGGAAGCUCUGGUCAUCAGCAGUUCUCUCUGACCGAGUCGAUCCUGCAGCGAGCGGUGUUUACCGGCGCUGAUCCUCACACUAUACUGACCACUAAAACUUCAGGAGAGAUCCCUGAGAAAAAAGUGACUCUGGUCAACACCCCAAAUCUCGUCAAUCACGAUUUAUUUCACUAUACGUUAAAAAAAGAGCUGAAGAAGGCGGUUUGUUUUUCCUGUCCAGGGCCACAUGCUGUCCUGUUCACACUAAAUCCAUCAGAAAUACCCUCAAAUGUGUACGACAUUUAUAAACCGUUAGUGCGCUACUUUGGAGAUCAAAUCUUGAAAUACACAAUGAUUGUUUUAUACCAUGAAGAAGAGGAGUUGAGCGAGUCAGAAGACAGUAUGAAGGAAAAUAAGCAGUUCAAAAAGCUUCUUGAGGACUGUGGCCAAAGAUAUCUGGUCUUCAGUGGAAUGAAGAACAGGAGUGAGGGUGAAAUGACAAGGCAGCUGUUUGAGGAAAUAGAAAAGAUGGUGGCAGAACAUGGGAUUUUUUCUAAUUCGGAGUUUGAAGAUGCUGAUAAACGAAUCAGGAAAGAGGAAAAAAUCCUCCAAGAUCACAGAAAGAAGGAGGUCAGUGCAAUGCUGGAGGAACUGAAGAAGAAGCAUUCUCAGGAAGAUCUGGGAAGAGAAACUGAGCGUUAUGAAGAAAAGAUCAGGUUAGAGAACAGGGAAAAGGCAGAGAUGCAGAUCGCAGAGAGACUCGGCUUCACUCUCAGACUUGUGGAUUAUGCAGCGGCUGUAGGAAAAGGAGCAUUUGCAGGGGCGGUGUUAGCGGGGGCGAUGGGGUUUCCGGGUAUGGCUGUAGGAGCAGUAGUUGGUGCAGCACUCGGUUGUUUGUUAGGUGGUGCAGCUACAGCAGCUUGGAACAUUGUCUCUAAUGCUUUGGCAGAUUUUGGUAGACAUGCAGCUUAAACUUAAUUGUAGACAUUCACCUGUAGACAUCAGCGGGUUUAAUGGCUAAAUAAGGCAGGUCUAGUCUUGUCAGACUGUCUUACUUUUUAUGAUAACGGUUGAUGAACAGGUCAGGAAUUCCAGAAAUUGGUGGUAAAACCCUAAACCGUACCAUUGCAGUUUUCUGUAAAUCCAAUGCUUUAUCCAUUGCACAGUAUUCCAUCACUUAAUGUAUUUCCAGCUUUCGGCUUUGUGCUAUGUUAACAUAUCAUGUCACUUUAUUACCUAGCUUAUGUUGCACAAAUAAACCAUACAAUCACUGAUAAUCUUCAGCACAAGCGAUCGCGUAUAAUUCGUAGUCGGAAGCAAAUCCAAAUGCAGGAGAAAUGGGAAAUUAAGGCAAUACAAUUGGGGAAAAAACAAUAGGAAAUAAGAAGUGUGCAGCACCUCAGUAUAGGCCUAAAGGUGCAGAACAUACAGAACUUCCAAACCAAGAAAAUAAAUAAACGGAAGCUGGAGACAAGAAAGUCUGUUAUUUAUGAUAAUAGCAUAUAAAAACCAGAUGUCUUAAGUCCACAUUACCAGCAUUUACUUUGCUGAUCUGUUGCUUGAUUGCAGUUCAGUUUAUUUGGAGCAGAUCUAAAGACAUGAUCUUUGGACCCAGUUUUGUUUACUUCUCCUUAUAUGGAGGGACAGUGUGCUCAUGACUUCAGUAUAUAGCAAAUGUUCAACCCUUUCAGAAGUGACCUUUUUUUAAUGUAUGGACCGAACAAGCACACAACCUGGGUGUGUAUUAGAUUUCAUCUGUUAUCUGAUUUGUGCAGGUGAGCAGUCAUCUGUCUCUUUUUGUUCAAAGUAAUGGAUGACAAAAAGAUUUUACAUGUGUGUAACUGUAUAUUUAUACCCAAAGUAACACUAAAGCUCCUACAGGUUUACAGCAAAUGAAAAAUGUUGUUGGGAGAAUGAGAAUUCUUUUGUUUGUUGUUUAUUUGUUCAACAGGCAUGUCAUAAUCACUGGUACAUAAAACAUAUAUUCACAUUUUUAGAGAAAAUCUUAUUUUAAAAGUAGAUUGAACAAGAUGUGUAUGUUACAGAGAUACAUAGUUUAUUUUACUGUUAUAAUGUUCAAAUUUUAUUUUUGUGUUUUUGCACAUUUUUGUUUCAUAUAAUCCCAAAGGAAACUUUAGGAAGGAAGUUUUGUGCCACAGCCAUGUAUUUUAUGUGGUAGUCCUGUAUUUCUGUAUUUAGUACAUGCAUUUGUAUAUUUCAUGUAAAUAUGAAACCAUAAAUGAUGUGCCCAUCUUUGUGGAAUAAACAGUUCCUGAUUGU